CGACUGGCAUUGGAGUAAGAGGAGAGAUGAGCAAGACCGUUUUCGUGGGUAAUCUAUCAUGGGGCACCACCGCAGACAGUCUGACAGCCAUCAUGGAGACAGCCGGUCGUGUGUUGGGCGUCGAAGUCCAAGCACAUAGUGACACGGGCCGCUCCAAGGGGUGGGCCCUCGUCACAUUUGAGACAGCAGAGGAUGCGAGCAGAGCGAUGGAGCUACUGUGUGGACGGGAGGUGGAAGGUCGGCCGUUGUACGUCCGAGAGGACCGAACCGAGAUUGAGAAGGAGGAGGGAUUCGUCGUAUUUGUGGGGAAUCUGCCCUGGGACAUGACGGCGAGCGGGCUGCGGACCGUCUUCAGCGAGUUCAGCCCCUACGACGUACACAUCAAGACCAACAUGUCCGGGCGCUCCCGAGGCUUUGGCCUUCUACGCUUCCGGUCCUCGGAGGAAGCACAACGCGCCAUCGAGCAGAUGCACGGGAUAACGGUCCAAGAGCGGAAGAUUCUUGUCCGCUUGGACCGGGCGCAUCUGGAGAUGAUGGGCCACAGCCCUGCGACCAUGGAGGCAAGCGACACCGUCACCUGCGGAAACAUUCCGUGGCACACGGGGGACGAGGUCUUGGCCUGCGGGGAGGGUGGUCUCGUGUCAGAUCCAACGGCACGCGGAUACCCUGCGGAGCAAGGGUUGGGCGAUCAUCCGCUACGUCACAGUUGA